UAUUAAUGUUCACCUUUUUUCAUUUCUUUCUCUCUCUAAAACCUUUAUCGUUCACACUUCAACUGCUCCCUCUCUCUCUCUUUCACUCUCUUCCUCCUCAUCCUCUUCUCUAGUCUCUCUCUAACUCCCUUCUUCCUUCAAAACCAAGCAACCUACUGUAGAAGAAGAGGAAAAGAGAGGGGAAGAGUAGAAAAAGGAAGAGUGAGUGUCGGAGAGAGAGUCACUAAAAGACGAAAAUGCCCCCCACUCCCACCGCCAACGGAGACCAUCACAGAACCCGACCUCCCUCAAACGACAACCAUCACAGAACCCGACCUCCCUCAAACGACAACCAUCAGGGAAGUCGGCCACCCAUAAACGACAACCAUCAGGGAAGUCGGCCACCCAUAAACGACAACCAUCAGGGAAGUCGGCCACCCAUAUACGACAACCAUCAAGGAAGUCGGCCGUCCUCAAACGACAAUCAUCAGAGAAGCCGAUCAACACAAAACGACAACAAUCACCACCAGUUCUAUUACCCAACGACGCCGUAUUCUUCGUCGUCUUCGUCCUCAGCCUCCUUCAGAGGCUGCUGCUGUUGCCUCUUCCUCCUCUUCUCCUUCCUCGCUCUCCUCGUCCUGGCCGUAGUGCUCGUCGUUUUUCUCGCCGUGAAGCCGAAGAAGCCUCAGUUCGAUCUCCAACAGGUUGGGGUUCAGUACAUGGGCAUUACAGCGCCCAAUCCCUCCCAAACCGCCACCACCACGACCGACCCUAGCUUGAACCCGAAUCCGAACCCGACCACCACCGCAUCGCUUUCUCUCAGCAUUCGGAUGCUAUUCACGGCCGUGAACCCUAACAAAGUGGGGAUCAAGUACGGCGAGUCGAGGUUCACCGUCAUGUACCGAGGGAUUCCCUUGGGAAAAGCUUCGGUGCCUGGAUUUUACCAGGAGGCACACAGCACGAGGCAGGUGGUAGCCACCAUAGCCGUCGAUCGAGUCAAUCUUCUCCAGGCCGACGCAGUCGAUUUGAUCAAAGACGCUUCGCUUAAUGACAGGGUCGAGCUCAGAGUCCUCGGCGAUGUUGGCGCCAAGAUCCGCGUCUUGAACUUUGAUUCCCCCGGCGUCCAGGUUUCGGUGGAUUGUGCUAUAGUGAUAAGCCCAAGGAAGCAAUCUCUUACUUACAAGCAGUGUGGAUUCGAUGGAGUGAAUGUGUAGAUUUUUUGUGUCACAAAUUCUCAUUUUUCUUCUUCUUUCUCUUAACAAGCGGAGAGAAAAAAGAAAAAAGAAAAAAAAUGAAAAGCCCUUUCACAUGAGUGGAAAUGAAUUAGCAGUUUAAAGGCAAAGCUAGCCAAGAGAAAGAACAAAGAGGAGGUUCGAAUUUUUAGGAUUAUUUAUUUGAAGAAAAAGAAAAAAGUUCCAAGAUUUUGCAAAAUUAAUUUUUAAAAUCCAUUGCUUCGGAGAGUUGCUGACUGCUUGUAUAGUGUAAAAAAAAAUAAAAAAUUAUGCGUUGGUUGGUGGUAUUAGAGAGAUUCCACUUCCAUUGGGGUCAA